CCACACCUUUCCUUCCAUCUCUCUACCCACCUCUUGAAGUAGUCACACCUCCCUGGGUGGAACAGCCAGUAUCCAUCCACUUUCUGAACCCCUCUUCUCCCCCCAGAUUGCCAGGAAUUGCUGCCACUGCUGCCGACCCCCAUGGCCUACGUACCAGGUGGGGGCGCCCCAGCAGCAGGGGCAGCCCCCAUGGGCUCCCAGUAUUGCGUGUGCAAGGUGGAGCUGUCCGUGAGUGGUCAGAACCUACUGGACCGAGACGUCACCUCCAAGUCUGACCCCUUCUGUGUCCUCUUUACAGAGAAUGACGGCAGGUGGAUCGAGUACGACAGGACGGAAACCGCCAUCAACAACCUCAAUCCCGCGUUCUCCAAGAAGUUCAUCCUCGACUAUCACUUCGAAGAGGUGCAGAAGCUCAAGUUUGCCCUGUUCGACCAGGACAAGUCCAGUGCGCAGCUGGAAGAGCAUGAUUUCCUGGGCCAGUUUUCCUGCAGCCUGGGCACCAUCGUCUCCAGCAAGAAGAUCACUCGGCCCCUGCUCCUGAUGAAUGGCAAGCCUGCCGGAAAGGGCUUGAUUACGAUCGCUGCCCAGGAGCUGUCUGAUAACCGCGUCAUCACGCUGAGCCUGGCCGGCAGGAAGCUGGACAAGAAGGACCUCUUUGGGAAGUCAGACCCAUUUCUUGAACUUUAUAAGCCAGGACACGACGGCAAGUGGAUGCUGGUCCACAGGACUGAGGUGAUCAAGUACACGCUGGACCCUGUGUGGAAACCAUUCACCGUGCCGCUCCUGUCCCUGUGUGACGGGGACACACACAAGCCUGUCCAGGUCAUGUGCUAUGACUACGACAAUGAUGGCGGCCACGACUUCAUCGGCGAGUUCCAGUCCUCUGUGUCACAGAUGUGUGAGGCCCGUGAUGGUGUCCCGCUGGAGUUUGAGUGUAUCAACCCCAAGAAACAGAAGAAGAAGAAGAAUUACAAAAACUCGGGCAUCAUUAUCCUGCGUUCCUGCAAGAUAAACCGGGACUACUCCUUCCUGGACUACAUCCUGGGAGGCUGCCAGCUCAUGUUCACCGUUGGAAUAGACUUCACAGCCUCCAAUGGGAAUCCCCUGGACCCUACCUCUUUGCACUAUAUCAACCCCAUGGGCACCAAUGAAUAUCUGUCAGCCAUCUGGGCUGUUGGACAGAUUAUUCAGGACUAUGACAGUGAUAAGAUGUUUCCGGCUCUGGGGUUUGGGGCUCAGUUACCCCCAGACUGGAAGGUCUCCCAUGAGUUCGCCAUCAACUUCAACCCCACCAACCCCUUCUGCUCAGGCGUGGACGGCAUUGCCCAAGCGUACACAGCUUGCUUGCCUCACAUCCGCUUCUACGGGCCCACCAAUUUCUCUCCCAUCGUCAACCACGUGGCCCGCUUUGCCGCCCAGGCCACGCAGCAGCAGACAGCCACGCAGUACUUCAUCCUCCUCAUCAUCACCGACGGAGUCAUCAGCGACAUGGAGGAGACGCGGCACGCGGUGGUGCAGGCGUCCAAGCUGCCCAUGUCCAUCAUCAUCGUGGGCGUGGGCAACGCCGACUUCGCCGCCAUGGAGUUCCUGGACGGGGACAGCCGCACGCUGCGCUCCCACACCGGGGAGGAGGCGGCCCGCGACAUUGUGCAGUUCGUGCCCUUCCGCGAGUUUCGCAACGCAGCGAAAGAGACCCUGGCCAAGGCCGUGCUGGCCGAGCUCCCCCAGCAGGUCGUGCAGUAUUUCAAGCAUAAAAACCUGCCCCCUGCCAGCUCGGAGGAGCCCGCCUGAGUUCCAGCCCGAGCCCAGCAGCAGCAUGCCGGCUGGGCCCCCCCCCGCCCCCCGGGAACGUGCACGCUCACCCUGCUUCCUCGUGGGUGGCCUUUUUUUUUUUUUUUUAACCGAUCCACGUUUUUAUUUUUUACAACUGGACCUCCACCCCCAGCUUCCCUCAGCCCAGCUGGGCUGCCUCUGUUGGCGUCGACAGAUGCUUCCAGGCCAAACUGGCUUCCUCUCCCCCUCUCCCUACCCCUGCCAUUCUUAAGUAUUGAAUGUACUUUGUAUAAUUUUAGUGGAAUUGUUAUUAAAGAGAAUAAAAUUUUUAUAAUCACAACUGGCUUUCUGCCAAGUGACUGGCUGCUCUCGGAGAGGACUGAGCCGGGACAUCCCUUGUGUCGUGGCCUGCGCCUGAUUCCUGUUGUUCCUUUACACUGUGAUCGUGUGUGACUUGUUUUACUCAGGGCAUUAAAGGAGGUUCAGACGUC